GUUUCUACUGUGGUAAAACAGGACAGGGAAAUGAUGGAAAGAGAAAUGAAAAAUAGAGAAAUCAAAAAAGGUAUACGAGCAUGGUUGCUUUCUGAUUCUGAACAGCUCAAUAUUUUAAGAAAAACAAGAUCUUAUAUAAAACAGAGAAAGUUUGAUGAAGCAAUUUCCCUUUGCAAAGAGCUGAUUCAUCUUGCAUUGAAAGGAUUGUCCUACUAUCACACAUAUGAUCGGUUCUUUUUGGGCAUCAGUGUUGUUCUUGGUUUUGUGGGAUGGACAUCUUAUACUUCUUUGUUGAUCAUCAAGUCUCAUUCCAACCUUGCAAGAGGUGUUAUUAAAGAAGUUAAGAAACCAAGCCAUCUCCUGUCAUAUACCUUUGUAGCUGCUGGCCUUUUUAUAGCAUUUUUCUUGCUGAUUCAAGCCUGUCCCUGGACUUACUAUGUAUAUUGUUUGUUACCACUGCCAAUAUGGUAUGCAGUUCUAAAAGAAUUUCAAGUUAUUGAAGACCUUGCUGCAUCACUGUUGACCUUUCCCCUGAGCCAUUUUGUUGGGUACCUGUUAGUCUUUACCCUAGGAAUUGAAGUAUUAGUUCUCAGUUUUUUCUACCGCUAUAUGCUUACAGCUGGACUUACUGCAUUUGCGACUUGGCCAUUUCUCACUCAGCUGUGGACUCGAGCGAAGAUCACCUCACUGAGUUGGACUUUCUUCUCUUUGCUCCUGGCAGUGUUCCCACUGAUGCCUGUUGUGGGUCGAAAGCCAGAUCUCUCCCUAGUAAUGGGUGCAGGCUUGCUGGUUCUUCUGCUCUCCCUGCUUGUUGUAAUACCUCUUAUAAAAAGAAAAGAUGGUUUUGUAAAGGAAGAGCUAUUCGUAUAUCUAUUACAG